UUGCUAAACCGAUCUCUUUCCCAUCGUCAAAAUUUACAGAAUUUAAUCUCUUGCAAAUCCCUGAUCGGCGAUCGCUCUUCGCUAAACCUCACAAACGCCCAUCUUCAUUUGCUCAAAAUUAGCUUCACAAUCCCUCCUCGUUUCGAUCCUUGAUCUAUAAACUACAGAAAAAUCCAUUUUAAUCUCUAAAAAAUGAUGUCUUUUAUAGCCAAAACAUUUUUAGAAAAAAAAAAAGAACUUUCAUCGAACGCCCAUCUCGAAAUCUUCAUAAGGUAAACAAAUCUGAGUCUUUUUUUUAAUUUUCUUAACUGGGUAUUUGAGAUUCUGAGUGAUGAAUUGAAAAGAUGAGUCCUUUUCCCGAUGAAGUUUUACUACAAAUUCUUGCGAGAUUGCCAGUUAAGUCCCUUUUUAGGACAAAAACAGUGUGCAAACUUUGGUAUCGAUUAGCUUCUGACAAGUAUUUUGUUCAACUGUACAAUGAAGUGUCUUCCAAGAAUCCAAUGUUAUUAGUUGAGAUCUCAGAUUCAACUGAAUUAAAUUCUAGUCUUAUAUGUGUUGAUAAUUUAAGGGGCGUCUCUGAAUUUUCCUUGGAUUUUUUACAUGAUAGAGUUAAGGUCAGAGCUUCAUGUAAUGGCUUGUUGUGUUGCUCUAGUGUCCCUGAUAAGGGUGUUUAUUAUGUAUGCAAUCCUAUGACUAGAGAGUUGAAGUUGCUCCCCAAGAGUAGAGAAAGGCCUGUGACUCGAUUUCAUCCAGAUGGUGAGGCCACUUUGAUUGGUUUAGCUUGUGAUUUAACUAUGAAUAAGUUUAGUGUUGUGUUAGCUGGUUAUCACCGAACGUUUGGUCAUAGACCUGAUGGGACUUUCAUAUGUUUGGUUUAUGAUUCUGAAUUGAAUAAAUGGAGAAAGUUUGUUUCAUUUCAAGAUGACCAAUUUAGUCACAUGAACAGAAAUCAGGUUGUGUUUGUGAAUGGUGCUCUUCAUUGGUUGACUGGUAGUUCUUGUAUACUUGCACUUGAUUUGGAUUGUGAUGUUUGGAGGAAGAUUACAUUGCCGGACGAGGUCUGUUAUGGGUCUGGGAAUAGGUUUUAUUUGUUGGAAUCAGAUGGAUGCUUGUCUGUGAUUCAAAUUUCUGAUGUGUGGAUGAAAACUUGGGUGUUGAGGGAUUACUACAGAGAAAAAUGGCAUACAGUUGAUAGGGUGAGUCUUAGGUGUAUAAGGGGAAUGAUUCCAAGCAUUUUUCCAAUUAGUCAAACUGAUGAAUAUGUCUUCUUAGCAUCUCAUAAGCAGGUAUUAGUGUAUCAUCGGAAGAGCAGAUUGUGGAAAGAGAUGUAUUCUGUCAAGAACAACUCUACCUUCCCAUUGUGGUUCUUGGCACAUGCAUUCCGGAGUACAAUUUUCUCUGUGUAAAUAAGAUUAAGUUGAAUUGAAAUGGAGUUGCUGUUUUACAUAUUAAGCUUGGUAAUUUUCAUGCGAUGUGACCUUGGUCAUGCGCUGAGCUUGUUAUUGAAUUCAAAUUUUAUUGCUCUGGAGUUGAUUAUUGUUACUUGCACCACAGUAAACUUCUAAUACAGACACUAUUGCCUCAAGCUUGUUAUCAAAUUUAGAUUUUAGAAGAUGUUUAUGAGUUGUAGGUCCUUUAUAUUGCAUACAAUUCAUUUAAUCUUGAUUUGUAUGGUAUGAUAGAAACUUUAGUCCUGGUAUGCAGUUUUUCAAUUUGCAAGUAUUGGUUCAAUUGUACUUAUUGACUGUAAAUCUGCUGUGAAUCAAAUUAUGAAUAAACCCUUUUCUAUUUCUUAAAGAAAAGGAAAUCAUCUUUGGCAA